AUGAGAACCCUUUCCUUAUCAGAAUCAUGGGAGAAGAGAAAAACCCAUCGAGUCAAACUUCCCCGUAUAGGCUCUAGAUAUCGUUUCUUAUAUGACGAUGACCCAGCGCGAGAGAUAAAUGAAGAGAUUGCAAAACGUGGUGGAAAUAUCUUAGGUGUAGCAGAGAACUCUUACUUUGUACAAAUUUAUGACGACUUGACUCAUUUGCAGCAAUCGAUUUUGAAGCAACAUGCUAAAGAUGUUGCGACAUCUGCCAAAGAGCGCGAUACAUGGUCGGCCAGGAUUAAAUCUAAUCCAACUAAUUUACUCUUUGUCUCUACCAUCAGAUUACUGUUUCGUAACUUCAUCUUACUGUGUGGACAACCUCUAUCGUUCAUCACUCGACCUUUUGAUACGUUAUACGAGGUGUUAUUUUUUGGAACUGUGUAUACUGCCUUAUUCUUCUCGAACUGGCUUUUCCUCCUUUUCAAAAUCUUUCGUGUAAGGAAAUGGGUCUCAAACAUAGGCCACGAACACGGUGAUGGUUUGUCUGUGAUAAACUGGGCUAACAUCAUUGACCUUGACACAUUAGACAUCUUUACCCGGAAGCGAGACGUGUUUUCAAACGCACGGGCAACGUUUGCGGGAAAUUUUAAAUCAUACGUAGAAGAUCGCCCUGGACUUGAUCAAUAUUUGGAAGAAUCUGACAAACCUCUCAAGUUCGAUAUUGAUGUUGCCAGAGCUAUCUUACUCAUGUGUGCUGUUGUUUAUGAGCGCAAUACCGCCUUUGUUCAAAAAGCAGCCGAAGCCAGUUUAUCUCACAACAUCCCUAAUGAAGAGUUGGUCUUCUUACUCAAAAGUGAGGAGCCUAUGCUUCGAAUCGCAGAUGAGUGGGGACUAGAUUUUAUUGCAAUAGCAGACUUCCGCUCGCUGUCAGGACCCUUCAUCGGGGCUUUCUAUCAAAUCGACCCAAAUGUUCUCUCCCAUGACCAGCAACCAUACAUUGUGUUGGUCGUGAAGGGUACUAGUCUAGAUGCGUUUGGCGAAUGGGUGAUGGAUGCCACUGCUAGCUUUGAGUCAUGCUCCGACUUUCUUGGUGCCGGUAUGGCUCAUGAGGGAUUCUACGACGCCUUAUUUCCAGCGAAAAACUCUGGACAAAAGCUAAUCGAAGAGAUCGCAGGGGUCGCAUGGCGGGAUAAUGCCAAAAAGACUAAUCUUUUCAUCGGAGGACAUUCAUUGGGAGCAGGAAUCGCCUCUUUGUUAUAUGCCAGGAUGCUCGAGUCUCCGGAGGACCUGGGUGACAAAAUAGUGCUCAGAGAUGCCUACACUUUUGGCACACCUCGAGUGUGUGAUGCGAAAUUGGCGUCAAGGUUUGAUUAUAAUUUGAACAGGCCGGUCAAUCGGGGUCGUCAAUUAUGGCGUGUUGCCAAUCGUUCUCGUUCUAGUUGGGUUGGAGACAUUGUGACUCAUGUCCCACCCGGCUAUGCCGAUAAUCGAGAGCUCCGUGGGGCUCUGCAAGACGCGAGUUAUUUCUCAUACGCAGCGAUUGGUAUUAGACUGCGUACUUCCCCCCACACGUCACGUGGACUGAGACUGAUGAAUACCGACUUGGAAGAAUAUCAUCAGCCCAACGGCAGAAAACCCUUUCACUCAAUAGACGAUACUCCAGUCGGGUUCGAAUCCAUUGCGUGCAAAUCAGAAGAUGAAGCAGCAUACCAGUUCUCACGAUUCAAAGAAGAAUCGCAGUAUAACUUCCCUCGAGACCUUGUCCAACUCAGCAUGGAGAUUGUUGGAACUUUUUUGCCUUUUGUACAUGAUCACUUCCCUGCGAGCUACUUGGAGGCGUUGGACAGGAUGCAUGGAACCAUCACCAUUGGCGAAAAAAAGCGAGCAGCUCGGGAACAAAGAGAUCAAGAAACUCAAAACAGAAGAUCGAAAUCUGAAGCCGACAUCAAAGUACUUUAG